AUGCGGCAGGUGAAGGCUCUCCUGGGCUGCAGCGGCAGCGAGGAGCGGCGGAGCGGGGAGGAGGGCGGCGAGGGGCCGCCGGAGGGCGGGCCGGGCAGCCCGUCGGAGUGCCCGGAUGGCGCGGACGCGCCCACGAAGGCGAGCGAGAACGGAGCCGGGAGCAGCGGCAGUCCCAACGGGGGGGAAAAGGGCGCGCCGCAGGCGCCCAGCAGCUUCUACUGCCCAAUCUCCAUGGAGCUGAUGUCGGAACCGGUGAUGGUGGCCACGGGGCACACGUAUGACAAGGAGUGCAUCGAGCGCUGGCUGGCGCAGGGCCACAGGACGUGCCCGGUGACCGGGCAGCGCCUGCGCCACUUGGAGCUCGUGCCCAACUUCGCCCUGCGGAACGCGAUACAGGAAUGGGCAACCGCGCACGGUGUCAAGCUCAGGAAUGAUGGCAACCGGGUGAAUGCGCCCAUCCACUACCAGGAUCAGCGGCCAAGGAAUAUUCUGCAGGGGCACGAGGAGAUCGUGUGGGCAGUGGAGGUGCAUGGCAACCGCCUGUUUUCUGCCUCUGCAGACAAGACGAUUCGCGUGUGGGACAUAGAGUCUCGCCGGUGCGAGCGAGUUCUCGAAGACCACACCCGCCCUGUGCUGUCCCUGGCCAUUGCCGGCGACAAGCUCUUCUCGGGCUCCUAUGACUACAGAAUCAAGGUCUGGAGCCUGAACUCGCUGACGCGCAUCAAGACCUUGGAGGGCCACACAGAUGCUGUGCGGGCCCUUGCCGUCGCCGACAAUCGCUUGUUCUCUGGAUCGUACGACUCAACAGUGCGCGUGUGGGACGUGGAGACACUCGAGUGCCUGCAGGUGUUGAAGGGGCACAUAGGGCCCGUGCGCACGCUAGUGUACGCCGGGGGGCUGAUGUUCUCUGGGUCUUAUGACAAGACGGUGAGGGUCUGGAAUGUGACCACCCUCCUUUGCAAGGCCACCCUCACAGGGCAUGGUGGGGCUGUGCGUGCCCUUGUAGCCAGCAGGCGGCAUGUGUUCUCAGGCUCAGAUGACUACACGAUCAAAGUCUGGGAUGUAGACACCCUGAAGUGCAUCAAGACCCUGGAGGGGCAUGAGGACAAUGUGCGGGUUCUGGCCGUGGGCGAUAGGUACAUGUUCUCUGGGUCGUGGGACAAGACCAUACGGGUCUGGGAUCUUGAGACCAUCGAGUGCAUCAAGAAACUGGAGGGCCACAGUGAGGCAGUGCUGGCACUUGCAGUGGGCGACCGCAACCUUGUGUCAGGAUCAUACGACACGACAGUCCGUUUCUGGGACCUUGAGGCUCUCCGGUGCGUGAAGAAGUGUGAGGGGCAUGAUGACGCAGUGCGGGUUCUUGCGGCUGCCAACGGCAAGGUGUUCUCUGGCUCCUAUGAUGGCAGCAUCGGUGUGUGGUGA